AUGUCGGUUGAAGGACAGACUGUGGAAAUCAUAAAAGUUGUACCCAAGACCAUUCGUGCUCGCAUUCGCGCUCAUAACGAAGCCUACGGUGUGACCGACCCCUGGGCUAAAGCUUGCGCUUGUGGCUUCUAUGGUUUCUACGCCGAAGAAUGCGACCAUAUGGCUCACCUUCAGAAGUACGGGUGUGGACUCAAGACGGAGAUCAUCAUGGUUGAGAACGUCAAAAUCCGAGGGAUGUGUGAGCUUUGCGCCAGAGCCAGCCUAGAUUGGGCGCUCGCUGAGAAACACAUCAUGGAAGACCUCAAAGCCCAGAAUGCCGAGAUUGAAGGGGCAAAGGCAAUAGUGUCUGCAAAGGCGAAGGAGAGGCUAGAGGCCAAGUUGAAAACUGAAGAUACUCAGCGGGCCGAAGGUGACCAACCUCGCGCAGAACGCUGA